AUGAUAUACUCUUCUGGAAGAGAAUCAUACUUCAACUUGAACUCAACCUGGUAUGAUCCCUCGGGGUCCUGGCUGGACACCCGGCGCACACCCUUCCGCUACGGCUACAACACCUGCUCCUCAGAGUGCGACGGCGAAGGCGUUGAAGGCAUGAGAGGGCACAACUACCGGCAUUACGGCUAUCGGCAGCCGGUUUGCUCCGAGAGAUGCCACGGCUAUGCUGCGGCUGAUUCGUGCCACGGAGACGCGGGCUCGAGCUGUGUCAGGAGGCCCACGUACAGCUAUGGGUCAUCAGGGGGAUGCCACAGCUAUGGGAGGUCGGUCUGCUCCGAGAGAUGCCACGGCUCCUCAGGUUCAUACCAUGGAGGUGGUUCAAGCUGUGUCAGGAGACCCACGUACAGCUAUGGGUCAUCGGGGGGAUGCCACAGCUACGGGAGGUCGGUCUGCUCCGAGAGAUGCCACGGCUCCUCAGGUUCGUACCAUGGAGGUGGUUCGAGCUGUGUCAGGAGACCCACGUACAGCUAUGGGUCAUCGGGGGGAUGCCACAGCUACGGGAGGCCAGUCUGCUCCGAGACGUGCCAUGGAUCAGGGUACCAAGGGGGGAAGCCAUGCUACAGUGACCCAGUGCAGCACGUCCCACAGUGCUGCCCAGUGCAGACCUGUCCCCCUCCAGUGCAGCAAGGCUGCGUGCCUGUGGCAAAAUGCAUCCCAAGCCAGCAGCAAAAGCAGGUCUGCAAAGUGCCAGCCCAGAAGAUAAAGUAG